CCGCGCAAAGGCUUCUGGGCCUCGGCGCUCCCGCCCCGUACUUCCGGCAGGGAAACUGACCUCCAUUGUGCCACGGGGCCCUGCCCCGCCCCGCCCCGCGCCGCGCCCUCUGCCGCCUCGGGCUCCGGGGCGACCCCCGAGCGCCGGCGAGCGAGCCAGACGGCCGGCCCUCCCUCGCUCCGGGCGGAUCCCCUCGCGCUACGCGCUGCGGAGAGUGCACUGUGACACGGAGUUCAGAGAAGAGGUCUCAGAUCGGAGUGGCGCAGCGCCGCGGAAGAGGCCGGAGAUGGAAGAAUUCAGCAAUUCCGAGCCCAAAGCCCCGGAAUUCGAAAAUUUUCAAGAUUUCCACGUGACGGAGUCUCAGGCGACUUUGAAAGUCAUCAAAAGGGAGGUAAAACCAGUACGGAUGGAUCAGAGCCAGGAGCCUGAGGCGAAACCCAAGACCUUCUUCAGACAGGGUGCCUCCUUUGGAACCCGCGAGCACUUCCGUGAGUCUCGGAAACCUCUGGCUUUUCACCGCGUUCUCGUUUUCUAUGCAAUUCUUUUCUGGGCAGUUAUCGUCUGUAUCAUCUACAUGAGAUGCAAAAUUUAUGAUCUAGAGAAGAGAGUUGAGUCCCUGGCCACCUACCUCGAAUCCUACAAUGCCGAAAAGAAGCCAUCGGAAGUGGGAUCCCAGGUGCUUGACACCGUGGGCGUCAUCUGCGAGGAGCUAACGGCCAACAUCCUUAAACUGGAAAAGAUACAAGACAACCUGCAGAAGCUGCUUGAAAAUGACAACUGACUGACCCGGCCCUUCCGGGUCAACCUGAUGCCUACAAUUCCACUUUAACAAGCCCACUCUGAGCCCCAGGAGAGAACUCAAGUCGGCGGAGACAUGAUCAGCACCGAAUCCAAACUGCAAGAAAGAGGGUUCUUCGGCAACCUGAGUUAAACCUGACGCUCUGAGGACUGUGUUUCAACACCUCUCCUGAAGAAAGCUGAUCCUGUCUCUGGAGAAGGAAGGAUUCUGCAGGACUGCUCUGGAAUCAGAUGGCUUCUUUUACUGCAGAACGGCACCUCCCCAAUCUCCGACUUCCUUCCCCCACCUUGGCAUCUUUCACCCUGGCUUCCAACUCAAAAACCCCGGCUCUGACAAGCCAGUAGCCAGGUCCCCGAAAAAGAUGGGCAUCACAGUCAUACAAAACCAUAGCGGGUGGUUGUUCCAACAAGCGGGUCUCUUGUGUGGUCGUUUUGUACUGCUGUUCAUCUCCUGCUGAAAUAACCUGUAAACUUUACAGUGUUUAGAGUGGGCUUGAAAAUCAUAGGAAACAAUGUAGGCUAAACCUCCUUAGUGUGAGUUUUAUUUUGUUUUUGGUUAAGGUCAGUAGGUGGUUGUAGGCAAUGUUCUGAUUACAGGAGGUGGGAGACAUGAGGCAGAAGGAUCAGAUUAGAACCUGCUCGGUUUGGCGGUUCCCAUCCUUCUGAAUCCUCCCACAAUCUUUGCAGGCAACGUGUUGGCAAAUUAAAAAUGAGAUGUUGAAAUUUACAGCUUGGCUGUUUGACAUCUUUCCAAAGAGGAAUCUAUGAACACUCGAGUUCAUGUCAACAUGUAACUGUCUGAUGUUUUUCUCCUUGCUGCCUCAGGUUAAGAAAUAGUGAUUUAUUUUCAUUCACCAUUCUAGUUUUUUGGUUGGCACUCAAUUAUUUAGGAUUCUUUAGCACCUUUAGGUAUAUUCAAUUUCUGUCAUAGUGUUUUAUCGUUAUUUUUGUCACACACUUAAACAUUUAAUCCAAUAAGCUAGUGAAGUAGGUAAAUUGGUUACAUUUGUUUUGUUAAAUGCACUAGGCAGUUUCUGCUCCACCCAUGGCUUUUAAUAAAUGUUUAGUGCAAAUAA